AAAAUACUGAAUACCAAUAGAAUUUUAGGACAUUUCAGUGUGCUCUUUCUAAAAAGUCGUUGUCGCAGAAACGCCGCCUGUGUGAAUAUGCCGAUAAUAUUUUCAAAAAUUGUAUUGUCAAAUCGAUUUUGUCCCAACCUAUCGAAGGUUGGCGUAUUAUAAUAAUUGUACUACAUUUUAUUUGAAAUUGUAUUUUACGAGAAAUUUUGACUUAAAUCGAUGGCAGAAUCCCGCCCUGGCGCCUACAACUACAAGACUUUACUAUGCACAAACAUUCCGGAGCUAUUUCUGGACAAAUAUGUGGCGCGUUCGCAUUUUGGCCGCUUUGGCACCCUGAUGAACUUCGUCCUGCGCCCACGGCGCAUGACCUGCACCGUGAGCUAUGCCACCGAGGAGGAGGCGGAGCGGGCGCUCCUUGAGGGCGGAACCUUCCAGGGCCACCAGUUCGAGUUGUCCUAUGCGGAGAACGAAACAGCGCCGGCUCAGAAAACAGAGGAGUGGGUGGAUCCCGAUGUGCAGGCGGAGUUGAGUGCCCUCCAGUCGGGCUGGCGGAGUGAGUAUGCCCCGGGAAAGCCCCUGAAACCGGGUCCCACACUGCCAGCUCUGCCAGUUGCGGCUGCCACAAAGAAUCCCCCGGCGGCCAGGGAACGCACGCCUGCCCAGAUCAGGGAACUGGAGGCCGUGAUGCGCAGACCCGCCCACACAAGUGAGGAGAAGUACCGAGUUCUAGAUGCCCGGGAUAAACUGCUGCGCCUGACCCAACCACAAAGGCAGCUGACUGGAGCCACCCAGGGUCAUUGCCCGGAUAUGUGUCCCGAGAAGGAGCGUGUUCUCCGGGAAUUCCAGCGCCAGGUGGCCAUCUAUGAGCUGCAGCCCUACUCCGAUGAGUUUAUCUGCAACGAGCGAGCCCUCAAACAGUACUCCCGCAGCAGUGCCGACCAGGAGACGCCACUGCCGCAUGAACUUCGCAACGAAACCGUACUGCACAUGACCAUGAGCUACCUGAUGCACGAGAUCAUGGAUAUUAGUGAGCGCCAGGAUAGUAAUCUGGGCGACUGGUUUCACUUCGUGUGGGAUCGCACACGGUCCAUCCGCAAGGAGAUAACCCAGCAGGAGCUGUGCUCGCUGGGCGCCGUCAAAUUGGUGGAGCAAUGCGCCCGUUUUCACAUCCAUUGUGCCGCUCGCCUGGUGGCCGCCGAUCCCUCCGUCUUUGACAGCAAGAUCAAUGCCGAGAAUCUCACCAAAUGUCUGCAGACCCUGAAGUACAUGUACCACGAUCUGCGCUUGAAGGGGGUCCAGUGUCCCAGGGAAGCGGAAUUUCGGGGCUACAUAGUUUUGCUCAAUCUGGCGGAUGCCAACUUCCUCUGGGACAUUGGGCAGCUGCCCUCGGAGCUGCAGAGUUGCCCGGAAUUGCGUCAGGCCAUUCAGUUCCAUUUGGCCCUGCAGGACACGAACUUUGUGCGAUUCUUUCAGCUGCUCGUGGACGAGGAGACCAGCUACCUGAGUGCCUGCAUCCUGGUCACAUAUUUCACGCGACUGCGUGUGCUGGCCCUGCAUCGCCUGAUCCAGGCCUACAGGGCUCCACGGAAGGAUGAGGUGUCCUCGCUGCCUCUCACCUAUAUCACCGACAUGCUGAGCUUUAUCACCGAACAGGAGGCGGCGGAUUUUGUCCAACACUAUGGAUUGGAGGUUAACGAGGCAAACAGAGUGGUGCUAAGCAGGAUGCACGCGGUGGAGACGGAUUACAAGCUGCCACGACAGAUUGAGCUGGUGGAAAUGAAACGCCAACAGAGCGUUGGCGAGGUCAUCUGCGGUGAACCACUUCCACCGCGAGACCUUUACCUCGACCACCGCCCGCACAACAGCUUCAACGAGCAUGGAAUGCUCAAGAGCAUCGCCUGGUCGGCUAAGGAUCAGCUGCCUGGGAUGCAGCAGGAGGAGAUGCAGCCACAAAUCCCGCCACAACCGCAGCCACCAGCAGCUCCAGCCCAGACUGAUAACUUCUUUAAGGUGCCCAUGCAGCCGGGCGGAAUGUCAACAGGAUUUGCAGCUCCUGCCACGACCGGUGUUCCGCCAGCCGUUCCCAGUGGAGGGUUUAGCUUUGUCCUGCCCAAAUCCCGCGCCCAGGAACUCCAGGAGCAGGCUCUGGCCGAGCAGCAGCGACGGGCACAAGAAGAGGCCAAGCAUCAGGCCCUCCAACAGGCCAUUGCCGUUGCCAAGCAGCGGGAGGCCGAGCUGAUGGCCAUUCACGAGGCCAAAGUGGCCGAAGCCGAGCGAGUGCGUCAGCAGAAACUAAGGGAACGCGAGGAGCAGCAGCGUCGCCAGGAAAAAGAGCUGGAAGAGCAACGCCAGCGGGCGCUGGAGAAAAUCCAGCUGGAGCGAGAGCGGCAGCAGAAACUGGAUCAGCUGCGUCUGAUGGAGCAACAGCAAAGGGAGGUCCUCAAAAAGGCCAAGACUUUGGAGUGCUAUCAGGAUAUAUUCCAGGAGAGCCUCGCAGACAUUUGCAGGCAAGAAUUGCAGUUGCAUAAUAAAGCCUGCCACUCCUACGAUUCCCUGGUCGACUCGAUAACGCGCCAGCUGGUCGAGAAGCAGAUGCAGCGCUCCAGCUACGAACUGGGCGUCAUGCGGGUCUACAUGAAGCGUUGGCGGAACUAUCGGCGAGUGCAGCAGCAGAAGGAUUCGCUCUUUAACCAGCUGCCGCUGAGUUUUGGAGCCGAUGCCCCCGAUCGUUUGGUGGACGAACGCAGCGUAGAGGGCUCACUGCGUCUGAUGAAACGCUACAGACUUGGCGAACCCUGCGAUUAUGGGAAACUUCUGGCUGGUCUCGAGGAGCAGAGUUGGCUAAAGCUGGAUCUGUGGCGCGUUCUGAACCAGUGUCUACCGCAGGUGCAGCCAGGUGCCCGGCGAUUCUACAAGCUAGUGUUGAGUCUGCCCGGCGGUGAAGAGGGUUUCCAGUUGAACUACUACCUGAACAGGGGACUACUGCAGCAGCCGCAGUCGCCCGGUUCUCAAUUGGCAGAGGGAGGCUACAUCAGGGCCUUCUCCCAGGGCAUAGGAUUGAGUGUGAUGAAGAUGCGAGAUGGCUACCAGGACUGCGAGCCGGCUCAACUGGCCCAAGCCAAUGGCAUUAUUUGCAUGGCUGGUCUGGCAGACUUGAGUUAUCUGCCGCAGCGUUUAAAGCAAUUGAUGCAGGCAAGUGGAUGCCAAGAUGUGGCUUUAAUUGUCCAGCAUCCUGCACAUACCGUUUUUAAGGAUUCCGAGCUCCAUCUCGAUAGUUUGGCUCUGCGCUCCUUAAAGAUCUUUCCUUUCAGACACGCUGGAAAUUGCCGUCAGCGUUUGAUGUCUGAACUGGAUGCGGCUGUCAAGUUUUUGGCCAGAGCAGUGCCAAGGACAUCAGUGGACCAACUGCACCAAGUGGAGACUCGCGAGUAUCUGCUCGGUAAUCUGGGCCCCGAACUCUUCCGCCGCCUGAAACACGCCACCGAGCAGGAUAGGGCCAUCAAAAGAGCCAGCCAGCGCUAUCCGCAGUUCUGUGUGGACCUCUUCAACGAGGCAGUGCAUCGCCUGCAAUUGGUGGCCGGCGAGGAUCUCAGUGAUUGCCCUCAGUUUCCCGAGGAGCUGCGUGUCUUUGUGGAGCCCCUGCCCAUGGACUCGCCACUGCCCACCAAUCGCUUGGAGCACUUCGAGCCCGGGUGGCAGUUGCAAGAGCAACGACAUCGGAUUGUACAGCUUCUGGAGCAAAGCAAACUGCCGAGGAUGCCGCCACUGCGGAGGGGUUCAUCCCUGGCCGAGGACCAAUGCCAGUGGGUCCUGGACUACGUACAAAUGAGCCAGCAGGAGGAUUGCCUGGAACAGAUCGCCCUGCAGGCCACUAAAAUUCUACAAUCCAACGAAGAUGACUGCUACUUAAACUUUGUGGAAUAUCUGGCUAGCGAAAGACUGCAAUAUAAACUACGCGAAGAGAAGGAUUUGCCAAGAGCGAUUGUCUACCAAACGAAGACGAUGAAGAGCCGUUUCCUGAAUGCCUGGUACUACGAGUUCCAGCAUCCGCAAGUGUGUGAACCGGAUUCACCGGAAGAGGAUUUCCAAGAGCAGGAGCAGGAACAGGUGCAGGAGCCACGCCAAGUGGAGGAGGAGCAACUGGACUUCGAUGAGAUCAUGAGCAAAGCGGCGGCUGUCCUGAGCAGGAGUCGCAAGCGUCUGGAAGAACGCCAAACGCUCCGGGACCACAACAGACCGCACAAAAUCUCAAAGAAGAACAGGGCCAAAUCGGGCCAUGCCUUCGCAGUGUCCCGCUUGAUUUCGGCGAUGAAGGGUUCCGGUAAAGAAACCCUGAGGACGAGCAGCGUGGUUUGCAACGUGGUGACCCAUCUGAUGGGUGGUGGCCAGGUGGAGUGCCGGUGGACACCGCACCUGGCGUCGCUGGUCAGUCGUCCGGAUGCGCAUACCCAGCUGCUGUGGCGUCCGUACGUGAGCUUCAACACCCGCCUCACGCGCAAGCUGUCCGGUGCGAUGGAGCGACGUGGGUCGAGCAUCAACUUCCUGGGCCGCUACCAGGCGAGGAAGGGGGUGCAUCCGUCCCGGCCUUCGACCUGCGUGCUGCCGGUGAAGACGCGCCAUGCCCCCAAAACGGUGCAGGGUCGCAAGUGGCCCAUUUGGCGCCAGUCCUCGGUGCGGCCGCUCCUCCUGCCCUCGUCCAACCUGUGGACGGGUGUGCUCAGCCAGCGCUUCUAUGUGCCGCGACUGCGACCCGCCGACGACGAGGGUGUGGAGCGGCGGGCGGUGCCGCGCCUGAGGGUCACCAGGGAGGAGAGCGAGGAGGAGGAGCAGCAACUCCAAAGGCGAAGGGAUGGCAGUCGCCUGCGCAAUUACCGCUCCGAGAGUUCCCUGCUGGAGAGGGAGGUGGAUUACUCCGGGGACCAGGAUCGGCAGGAGAAUGAGCAGGAUCAAGGCCAUCGCCAGCCGUACGUUCCCAGCGAACUGAUGACCCCGGGAUUAGCCACCAAGUGGCUGACCACCGACAAGGAGCCCCAGGAUCCAUCUGUUCGGCUGACAACCCAAGUCUGGGUCCGCGGGAAUCAGAGAAGGUACCGCAGUCGGCGACCCAGCGGCCGGAAGAGCCAGGUCAUGUCUGAGCUCGAGGGCUGGCGGAAGUCGGCCAAUCACCAGCCAGUGCCCAUUUUUCAGGGUCAUCCCGCCGAGCAGGAGCACCUGCGUCACGCCAGUUGCAAGACCAGCGCCAGGAGCAUGAAGGAUAUCCAGGAGGGCAUCCAGAUGGUUUGGGAGCCAAAGAAGAUGACACCGUGGAGCAGGGCCAAGGAAAGCACCAUCAAGCCAGGAGUUAUGCCCACCAUCCGGGCGGCGAAGUCGGCCCUUAUGAUGGCCCAGGAGUCGCGGGGCAAGCAGAACAGGCUGAUCACCAAGGAGCUGGUCUACAGACCCAGUGCGGCAGCGGCGGGGGCGGAGGAGGAGGAGGAUCCCCGCCGUCGAGCGGUGGCCAGAACGUCGACGGAGCGGGCACUGCUCCAGCAACAUCUGGCCGACCUGCUGCCCGUGCUCCAGAGCCAGGGCUCCUUCCGGAUCGGCUAUCAACGCCAUGCGCCCACCCGGCAGCUCCUCGAGCAGGGCAAGUGCCAUGUGUCGCUGCGCCGGGAGCAGUUCCUCCACCUGCAGUCCGUGAGGCCGAAUUCACUGAUCCAGGCGUCCGAUCUGGAGGCCAGGGAGUCGCCCCGCCUGGCGGUGACAACGCUGCACCGCAAGGAUGGCGCCAAACGGCCGUGUCCCGUGGACACGGUGGUCAAGCCAUCGCUGUUAACUCUCAUCCGGCGCGAUGCAGCCACCUGGGAUCUCAAUGGUCGGCGGGUGGAGAAGAGAUCCUUCUCCGUGGGCGUGCGGCCCAAAAAGGAGGCCUCACUGCGGCGUCUGGUGAGGAAUGCCUCCUCGCUGGAGGCCCUCUUCAACGCCAGUCCCACACCCACGCCCACAGCCACUGCCACACCCAAGCCCGCAGCCACAGCCACAGCCGCAUCCAAACCCAAACCCACAGCCAUACCCAAACCCAUAGCCACAUCCAAACCGAAGCCUCCAUCGCUGGUCAGUGAAUACCGCAACGUGGUGAGCAAGAAACUGCCGCAGGUCAGCAGCAAACUGGACAUCUGCAAGGCGGCCCAUCCGUUCAUGGAUCUCGAGCAGCCGCGGAUCAAGGAGAAGGAGGUGGCCACCAGCUGGAAGCAGGCGCAUGUGGCCAGGAACUACAAGUACGAGGCAUCCACUUCCUACAGGAGAAGAGCACAGCCCGGCAAGCAGAGCUCAACGAAGGACAUGACCGAGGGCUACUUCCUGGCCAAGCGGAGCUCAUCCACGGCGAUAAAGGAACAACAGGCAUCCUCCAAGAAGAUCAAGCCACCGAGGCAACCGUCCGUCAGUCCAAAGGUGCAGGUGCCAAAGGUGAUCCGCAAGCAAAAGUCGCAGGAAAAGCUGAAACAGGAGGCCACACAACAGCUCUGGAGAUAAAUCAUAUCCACAUGGACCACCACACAUAUCAUCCGUUUUUACUAGCAAAACCCGGACAGGCAAAUCCACAUUCGAAGCGGAAUUCCAAAUUGAGCAGUGAACACAACAAUUACACACAAAAUAUAUACACUCACACACCUGGUGGAUCGAUGCUCCUCACCCGGAGAAUUCUUCGCAAUCGGAAAACCCCCUACCCCCCACUUAAUGAUACUAUCUGUCAGAUUCGAAAAUUCGAAAAUUCCAAAAACCGAAAAGGACAUUUGCCUCGAAAAUUAUCGCUCUCAUCUAUUUGAAAUAUUCUUGGUAGUAAUUUUUUUCGAGUAGCUAUUUGUCUUGGCUUCGUUCUUUUUUUUUUAUAGACACUGUUUUUUGGAUAAUAAGAGACAACCGUUUCGGUACCGCUUAAAUUGAGAAAUUAGUGUUACUAGGCGUCAAAUUCGUAGUUGUCGCAUACGUAUUGUCCAGCACCAAAAAAAAAAUGUUAAAGCAUAAUUCAUUUGGACAAUAGCCUUAAAAAUUAUGGACAGUGGUGACACUAUGUAAAAAUUCUUUAAUAAUAACGGAAACUUCAUGGGUGUCUCGAA